AUGGACGCGCUAAAGCUUAAACGUUCUCGUUGCAAAGGCACUGCAACUAGGUUUGAGAACUUUCUCAACACAAUAACCAACGAGACUUCCAUUCAUGAAAUACAAGCUAGGUUAGACAGAAUUGAAAUUCUCUUUCAAGAGUUUGUUAAAAUUGACGAUGACAUAUUAGAGUUAGGUGAGGCUCCGCCAGACAGGGAAACUGAAAUGGCAGAUUUUGAGAAUAGGUACUUCAAACUAAAGGCCGAAUAUACCAGGCACGUUUCUGAGCGUCAAGCUGCUGCCCUAAGCGAUGAACCACUUCACAACUCCACUGUUGUUACUAGAGAUGCCUUUCAAAAGCUUGUCGAUCAACAAACAACAUUUUUAGAGCGCCUGAGCAGCACUUCAGUAGGUUCAAGUGAAACUAAUGCUAUUCAACGGCUAGCGGAAACGCUUAGUCAGAGUACUUCCAAUCGCCAAGAGGUUCGUUUGCCUCAUCUUCAAAUGACAAGUUUCGAUGGUCAAUAUGAUAAAUUUAAACCGUUUUGGGAUAUUUUUGACACCACUGUCCACAAAAAUGAGCGUCUUAGCAAGGUUCAAAAAUUUCAAUAUUUAAAGGGUUUACUAAAAGGGGAACCAGAGGAGAUGAUUAAGCACCUAGCUGUGACGGAAACCAAUUAUGAGGAAGCUUUAGGAAAAUUAAAAGAGCGUUUUGAUAAACCAUCGCAAGUCAUUGAAUCACUAGUUAAAACAUUUUUUGACAUUAAAAGGAUAGACUCCUCGAACGCGACACUGCUUCGCUCAGUUGUUAACACCUUUGAUCAGGUCAUACGAGGUUUAAGGGCAUUAGGGCCAAGAGCAGAGCGACGCGAUCCAUGGCUGAUUGCACUUAUACUAAAAAAGGUAGAUAGUGAUACCCAUAAAGCAUGGGCUGAGCAUGUAGUAGAAAAGGCUUAUCCAACAAUAGAAGAUUUAACAAAGUUUUUGAAUUUGCGUUGUGAUGCAUUAGAGAUAGGACCGUCGACACCAAGCGUUAAAACUACAGGUGCGGCAGCUCCUAUAAAAUAUAAAUCAACUCGUGCUUACUUGUCUGCCAUCGAUAAUGCCUGUCCAAAAUGUUUAGAUCAUCACCAUCUGUCAUACUGUCCAAAGUACAUAGUAUUAGACACAGCAAAACGCAGGGAAUUCGUUAAUACUAAAAGGUUAUGCUUUAACUGUCUCAAAGCUAGACACACAGCAAAUAAAUGUCCCUCCAAACAUUCUUGUGAGCAAUGUCAUUUGAGACACCACUCUUCUCUACAUGUGACUUACAAACCUAGCGCAAGCUCUACUGCUUCUGCCCAUGCUGGCACAUCUACCCCUCCAACCUCAAACAACCUAGAGAAGCCAAAAACACCUGAAGAUAAAGCGAUUCCCACUACAGCUGAAUCCAGCGCUCUUAUUAGCAAUCAAAAUUAUAAUCUUUUGUCCCAUGGCUCCGAAGCUUCGAACCAGUUAAUAAAAUUCAAUGCUUUGCUUCCAACUGCAAUGGUCUUCGUAGCAGAUUACCAGGGAAAUUUACAACGCUGUAAUAUUUUACUCGACUCUGGAUGUCAAAAUACUCUGAUAACAUCCGCGUGCGCCGAGCGUUUAGGUCUUCCCAGACAUCCAGCUAAUGUUAAAAUCCUAGGGCUCUCAGCUAGCAAGGUGGGUGUUUCUAAAGGUAGAACCAACUUAAAAAUAUAUUCCCAUUUUAAUAAAAAACUCUGUCUGGACAUCUCCGCCUUAGUCUUCGGUAAUAUAACGUCGGAUCAACCAUCUGUGCCAAUCCAAAUAAAAACAUGGGACAAGCUCAACUGCUUGGAUUUGGCGGAUCCCCAUUUUAAUGAGCCAAAGAAAAUAGACAUUCUCCUGGGAGCUGACUACUUCUUCUCAAUUCUUUGUAAAGAGCAGGUUAUCCAGGAUAAGGUAGUAGUUGCCCAAAAUACUCUGUUUGGGUGGGUAAUUUGUGGUCCCCAUUUGGCUGACUCGGAAGUCCAAUGUAAUAUAUCGACUCAAGAAAAUGAUCUAAACAAAACUCUGCAAAUGUUUUGGAAAACUGAAGAACUACCAACUAGAACGAUCCCACCUACAAAAGAUGAACAAAAAGCAGAAGAGAUAUAUCAAAAUACAGUGCAACGUAAUGAAGCUGGUAGAUAUUCAGUUAGACUCCCCUUUAAUUCUCAAGGUCAAGCAUUAGGACACUCGUAUACAUCUGCCGAAAAUAGACUCUUCGCUAUGGAGAGAAAAUUUGCUAGAAAUAAUAAGCUUAGAGACGACUAUCGACACUUUAUGUCCGAAUAUUUAGCUUUAGGACAUAUGGAACUUGUUUCAGAGGCAGAAAUAAAUAGGGAAAAUACCAAGCUGUAUUAUUUGCCACACCACGCUGUGUUUAAAGACAAUAGUCUUACUACUAAACUUCGCGUUGUCUUUGAUGGAUCCUGUAAAUCUAGUAGCGGGAAGUCUUUAAAUGAAAUCUUGUUACCAGGUCCACCUCUACAACAAGACUUGACUACAGUUAUAUUGCGUUAUAGGUGCUUUGAAUACUGCUUUUCAGCUGAUAUAAAGCAAAUGUUUCGAAUGAUUGAAGUACAACAAUGUGAUCGCGACUUCCAACGCAUCUUAUGGCGCGAUUCCCCAGAUCAACCUAUACAGCACUAUCGACUUACCACAGUCACUUAUGGAACUUCACCUGCCCCCUUCUUGUCUAUAAGAACACUUCAACAGCUAAGUUUAGAUGAAGGUCAUCGAUUUCCUUUAGCUUCUAAGGCACUUAUAGAAAAUUUCUAUGUCGACGACUGUAUGGCAGGUGCAAAUACUAUUGAUGAAGCAAGAGAACUUGCGUCACAGUUAGACCAUAUGCUCACGGCUGGCGGCUUCAGUUUAAGAAAAUGGGCUUCGAAUCGUCCAGAAAUUAUUUCGAAUAUACCUAUAGAAAAUAGGGUUAGCUCUGUGGUUGAAGUUCCAAAUGAAUUUAACAUCUGCUUAUUGGGAAUAUCGUGGAAUCCUGUAACUGACUGCUUCUUAUUUGAUGUUUCUCAAAAAAACCCAGAUUUAACCACAAAAAGAAAGCUGUUGUCUGAAAUAUCAAAGAUCUUUGACCCCUUAGGCUGGGUUUCUCCAACUAUAAUAAUGGCAAAAAUAAUAUUGCAAAAAUUGUGGCUCCUAAAGAUUGGAUGGGAUGAUAGGUUACCUAGUGAAAUAAUUGAGGAAUCAACAAAAUUUCAUACUCAACUUCAUCUUUUGAACCAAAUUAAUAUUCCACGAAUUCUAUUCACACAGGAAAAUAAGGUACAAUUUCAUGGCUUUUGCGAUGCUUCUUCAGCGGCAUACUCAGCUGUAAUUUACUGUCGCAGAAUACUAUCCGAUGGCUCUGCUUCUGUUAAUAUAGUAAUGGCCAAAACUAAGGUUGCACCGCUGAAAGAGGUAUCCAUUCCCAGGCUGGAGUUAUGUGGAGCACACUUGCUUGCUGGACUUUUUGAAUUCCUAAAAACAUCUAUCAGAAUCAAGGAUGAUUCCAUCUACUGCUGGACGGACUCGAAAAUAGUAUUGGCCUGGCUGUCAUCUCAUCCUCGAAAAUGGAAAACAUACGUGAGUAAUAGAACAUCGUUCAUAUUAGAUUCCAUCCCACAUGCUCGGUGGCUACAUGUUUUAUCAGGAGACAAUCCCGCUGACUGCGCUAGUAGAGGUAUAACUCCAUCUGUUUUAAUACAACACAAUCUUUGGUGGAAAGGUCCUUCUUGGCUUUCAUUGAGUCAAAACCAUUGGCCAGAUACGGAAGCUGCAACAUAUUCAACCCAAGAAGAAGAGCGUUCAAGGGAACAGAUGAUUCUUCAAGUCACAACAAAGGUCGUAGGAACAAUAUCUGACUUAAAUGGGAAAUUAUCUAAAUGGAUUAGGCUAUAUCGAGUCCUCGCAUACUGUUUUAGAUUUUAUUUAAAUUUGAAAAAUAAAAAAUAUGAUAAAUCUCCUUUAAAGGUAACCGAGCUACAACAUGCAAAAAACGUUCUUUACAAAUUCUCCCAAGAAGAAUCAUUAUCUGAUGACAUCAAAAACCUGAGGAAUAAUAAUUACGUUCAAGCUAACAGUAAACUAAAGCGGCUAGCUCCGUACAUAGAUGAUAGUGGGGUUCUACGAGUCGGCGGACGACUUGACUACCUGGAGACUGAUUUUGACUGCAAACACCAAGUUAUAUUACAUAAAGAUCAUAGCCUUACAAGAAAAAUUGUGACGGACUGUCAUACGGACAAUCAUCAUAUUGGAGUCACAACUCUGAUUGCCACCCUUCGGCAGAGCUAUUGGAUCGUAGGCCUACGAGAUCUGGCAAAAUCUGUUGUGCAUCGUUGUACAAUUUGUCAUAGGCACAGUAAACAAACCAGCAGUCAAUUAAUGGGCAACAUUCCAAAAUAUCGACUUCAUGGUAUUUAUCCGUUCUACGAUACUGGCUGCGACUACGCAGGUCCCUUUUUACUAAGGCAACACAAUGGCAGAAGAGCUCCAAUAAUUAAAUCUUACAUUGCUCUCUUUAUAUGUCUUACUACGAAAGCAUUACAUUUAGAGCUAGUAAGUGAUCUCAGUACCGAUUGCUUUUUAGCUGCUCUAAAACGUUUUGUUGCUAGACGAGGGUUAUGUGCUCAUAUCCGCAGUGAUAAUGGGACAAAUUUUGUCGGGGCUGCCCGACAGCUCGGUGAACUACACCGACUUUUUGCGUCUUAUAAUAACCAUAUCUUAAUAUCUGAUUUCUUAUCUUCAAAGGGUAUCCAAUGGCAUUUCAUCCCCCCUGGCGCUCCUCACUUUGGUGGUGCUUGGGAGUCUGGAGUAAAACGAGUCAAAUUCCAUCUAAGACGAGUUAUUGGUCAAAGUACACUCAAUUUUGAAGAGAUGACAACACUUCUUACCCAAGUUGAAGCCAUACUUAACUCUCGACCGCUCUGUGCAUUAUCUGACUCUGAUGACACCAGCUAUUUGACUCCUGGUCAUUUCUUGACAGGGCGUCCACUAGUAGCUAUUCCUGAACCUGACGUAACCAAUGUAAAGAUGUCUCUACUGGCACGAUGGAAGUUGGUGCAACAGCUCACCCAAGGGUUUUGGUCAAAAUGGUCAUCCGAGUAUAUUUCCUCUCUGCAACCAAGGCAGAAGUGGAAUAAAGCGGAACCAAAUAUCAAAAUUGGCGACAUCGUUCUUCUUAAAGACGAAAAUCUUCCACCUGCUUACUGGAAGAUUGGUAAGGUAACUGCAACCCAUGCUGGUGGCGAUGGUUUGGUGCGGGUAGCUACCGUCCGCACCAAAACAGGAUUAUUCAAAAGGCCUAUGACAAAGAUAAGCAUACUACCCCUGGAUGAUUGA